GUUUAUUAAUUUAAUAUUUCGAGGGAUUUUUUUUUUAGUUUUACAAUAUUGAUACAACAUAGACCUAGAAAGACUUAUCUUUGAUAAGACUGACUUAACUUUGUGGUAUACGCAAGUAUUGAUCCACCGACCUCAGUUGUGUGUGGUUGAAGCAUCGGACAUCAUGCUUGUAGGUACACAGCCUGGUACUGGCUCCCACCCAGAGCAAGUUUUAAUGACUCAGUGGAUGUUGCUUGGUAAAUGAUUAGAAAUGGGAGACAAACGUAUAGAGGAAAAUCCAUUUGCUGCUCUUUUUCCAAGUCUUAGCCAAGCUCAGCAAUUUGUAGGGACUCAAAAGCAGCUCAGUAAUGAUUCACCCAGUAACCAAGUUUUAUCAACUUCCUCUGAAAAGAAAACCGACAAAGAAUCAAAAGAUGUACUCAGACAAACGUUUGAAGUGAGCCGCCUUGUGGAGAAGGUUUUCUUAAUCACUCUAGACAAAGACUGCCAGGCUGACCCAGACCGACCGUCGCACUGUGUGUACCUCAAAGAACUCUCGGAGGCACUCGAUUCACAGACAUGGAUCGAUAUUGACUGCUUGGGACAGGCCGUGUUUGAGCGUCUGAUGCUGGAGAACCCGUGUGAGUUCAUCAACACCGCGCAGACCACCGGCGCGGACGUCACGAGUACCAACCAGGCAGCCGAGCCCAAGGCUUUACACUACCUCUUCUACAGCUUCCGCAGAUGGCUCGACGUUACUAUGCAGUGUGAUGACACAAGUCUUGCGUCGGUUCUGACGAUGUGUAAGGACGUAAUACUCACUAAUGCGAGGACGUGUUUCCAACAGUCUGAGCUGUUUCCCUCUCAGAACAUUCACCAGCAGUUCAUGGAGAUUUACCACAACGAGUGUCAGUUCAGUACAGACCUGACGGAUGCUGCUGACCAGUUUUUCACAGACGUCAGUAACGAGAUUCACCGGAACCGCGAGGACGGCUCUCUGAUGGAUGUCUUCAAACCGGUCCUUGACCACCUCAAGAAACGCUUUACUGACGAUCUGUCGCUAAUGCACACCGACACGCUCAAGUGCAUCAACCUGGUCAUGUUCUUCAGCAAGACCGAGGGUCUGGCCCAGGCAUUCAUGACAUACAACUCUCCAUUGAUUACAUCAAAUGGGCGGGCGUUUGAGAACACACUGAUCGGUAGUAUAUUGUCUCUGAGCUGCAUUCCUAAAAGUGAGACGGGUCCGUACAAUUUCUUCAACAACCCGUCGUCGUACACGAGACAGGAGCACGACAUCACCGAGUCUAAUCUGUGGCAGCCUCUGUGUUUGAUUGGUGAGCGCAUUCAUCAGCUGUUGAUGUCGAUCAUCAGGAUCAGUCCGGAUCUCCGACAUCAGGUCUUGUCGUGGCUCGGCACGUGUAUACACGCCAACUUCGGUCGUACGAAGAUUUGGUCGAAUCAGCUUCCCCAGCUGUUUAACCAGAUGUACUGUUCCGAAGGCUUCAGUCUCAAUCUGUGUAACGUCAUGCUUCGGCUGUGUCAGCCAUUUUCCGAACCUCUCUCCCCCAAACUCCUCAAGAUUCAGCCGAGCUACACCACAGCAGUAGCAGCCAGUGACGCCGAUGCUAAAAACAGAGGGCUACAUUCACAAGGAUUGAGCACGGAGACGAUGCUGGUCACCUCCACAGAGACGGCGUCGCCAUCGUCGGACACCCACUACAGCUUCAUCACAGAGUGUUUCUUCCUGUGUGAGCAGUCUCUCAACCUGGGCUUCCACAUGGUGCAUGACAAGAUCCUCAAGCUGAACCAGGACCUGCACCGUGUCCAGCGGCUCUACUCUGAGGUGCGUGGCCAGGCAGUCAGCGAGGACGUCGAGCCCGUCAGGAGCAUCAAGAUGCAGAUGGACAAAGGCAUGACGUUGUUCCUCAGUAUGAAAGCAGCCCUAACGGAACCCAGACUGAUGGAGAUGAGUUUGAACUUCCACCUCGCCACCGCCUCGUGGCUCACUCAAGUCGCCACCUACGCAGAUCUUACGCAGUUCCACCCAAUCAAAUUCCCUCUACCAGACGUUGUGCCAGACGCGGUCUAUCACGUUCCUGAGUUCAUCAUGGGCAACCUGACUGACUUUGUGCUGUUCUGUCACCGCUUUAAAGAUGACAUGUUUGAGCUGGCGGGCGACCGGGUGGAGCACCUGAUGACCCUCAUCCUCGUCUUCAUGGGCAGUCCCCAGCGGAUGAAGAAUCCUCACCUCCGUGCCGAGUUCGCCGACAUGCUCUCCGCUCUGAUGCCCCCCAGUACGAACACCGGCACGGCGUCAGGCGGGCUGCUCUCACGGUUCCACCGAGAAGAGUUGUUUGUGAAGCACCCGUUGGUUGAGAACCUGUCGGAGACGCUGCUUCAUGUGUUCGUCAGCAUCGAGAUGACGGGGCAGAGCGUCGAAUUCGAGCAGAAGUUCAACUACAGACGACCCAUGUACAUUGUCCUCGAGUACAUUUGGGAAAUCGAUAUCCACAAACAAGCUAUAAUCAAACUAGCCGUGGAGGCUGAACAGAAUAUGGAGGCGACUGAUGCGCCACUGUUCCUCCGCUUCAUCAACUUGCUCAUCAACGAUGCCAUAUUUCUCCUGGACGAGGCUCUCUCGUACAUGAGUCAGAUCAAGGAGAAACAGCAGGAGAAGGAGCGCGGUGACUGGAAUGAUCUCGACGACCGUCAGCGCCAGGAGACCGAGAUGGACUUCCGCCACCUCGGCAUGCUCGCGCGCUACCACAAUGUGAUGGCUAACUACACCAUCCACGCCCUGGAACUGCUGACCACAUCCAUCAAGUCGAUCUUCUGUCACAACACCAUGGUGGACCGCAUCACGGGCAUGCUCAACUACUUCCUACUGCAUCUGGUUGGUCCGAAACAGAAGAACUUCAGCGUGAAGGACAAGAACGAGUAUGAAUUCAAGCCUCAGCAGAUUGUGCUGGACAUCACGAAGAUUUACCUCAAUCUAGGGGAGAGUGAGAACUUUUGCAUGGCGGUGACGCACGACGGCCGCUCCUACUCCGCCCAGCUGUUCGACAAGGCCAUUCAAGUGCUGGGCAAGAUCUCGAGCUCGCCGCAGAUCACCAGCGACUUCCUCGCACUCGACGACAAGAUCAGGACAAUGGCUGAACAGCGGAAGGAGGAGGAGGACCUGCUGGCGGAUGCCCCCGAGGAGUUCCUCGACCCCCUGCUGGGCACCCUGAUGAGGGACCCCGUCCUUCUCCCCACGUCCAAGAAGAUUGUCGACCGGUCUGUCAUUGCCAGGCACAUUCUUAGUGACCAGUCUGAUCCGUUCAACCGUCAGCCCCUCAAUAUGGAAAUGGUGAUCCCCAGUACGGACCUCAAACAAAAGAUUGACGACUGGGUAACCGAAACAAAGAAAAAACUCCGAACUCCGUCAACGUCAUGACAACCAGUGUAGACCUAGCAUCAACGUCAUGACAACAGGUGUAGACCUAGCAUCAAAUAAUAUUUAUUACUGACAAUUGUCUUGAAUGGAUGGUGUUUCACAAAAACCACUUUACUUUCAAACAACUUUGAACAAAUGGGAAGACUAUUACUGACUUGGCUGUGAUUCUGGAUUCAAAUCUGCAGUUACCUCCCCUUGUUCACUUGUUACAAUUUCAUGUACAUGAUCUUUGUAAAGUCCCUGUUAAUUUAAAUUAACAUUAUUCAGUCAAAUAUCUAGGGACUUUAUAGAUAUAAAGUAUGUAUACAUGUGUGGGAUGAGUAUUGAGUAAAUUGAAGAUUUGCUCAAAAUCA